GCAGCUCUCGGUUGCGAACACGGUGUUCAAACUCCUCGAUAACUCGCUCCAGGAGCAGGUGUCACUGGAAGCACGCGCGCAAUAACGCUGCUUUUGUGCCCCAAUACUUGUAUUCGAUAGAGGAGAAAAACAAAUCGUGACUUUUCACCCAUGGUUUUCUCACUCGAGUCUGUUGAUCCCGGUUGCUAACACGCACAUGUUUGUGUGGAUACAAAAUACCGGCCCGGUGCCAGAUUUUUUGGUUCCCUCCUCUCUCCUGAUGACGUCACGAGGUGUAUUUUUUUUUGCGGUUGCCGUGCAACGAGAGGCGUGUCCGGGGUUUAAGAACUAGGCGAGGAAAGCCCUGCGUGCAUCUGACGAAUCACUCCAGUCCAGACACCGGAGAGCUCGCGCGUCGCUGAGAGGGAGAUAUAGGGAAUCCCCGAGUGUCGCCGUAACGACACCGAGCAGAAGCUGGUUUUAAUGGCCGGUUCCUCCAGCAUGGCACGGGGACGCGUUUGAUGCGCUCUUUGCACCGCGCUCGCAGUAUUAACGACUAUAAUAAAGACUCCCAUCAAGGGCUGACUGGACGCGACUGGAACUCAUGAGGCAGCCACCGAGUGAGUUUGAUAGCAUGGCACUGAGCGGCACGCUUUUGCCGUCUAUUUCUACCUUUGCGAGCGACGCAGAUGUGAAGCACAAGGCAAUGACGGGACCUGGAACUGCCAGUUUAGUGAGUAUCAAACAGAGAUGGAAGGAGGAGAUGUCUUACCUGAAACGCCCCUGCAUGUCUACAGGUGGGACCUGCACUGACCAGGACGUCCCUUACGCAAUGACCAAGAAUGAGCCAGAAGACUUGUUGGACUAUGAUUUUAUCCUGUCGAACACCAUGCUUCAACAACAACAACAACAACAACUACUACUACAACAACAACAACAACAGCAGCAGCAAGAAGCCUCAGUGGCCAGCACCUCCAGAACUCUUCCGCCUUCCCCUACCUCCUACUCCUAUCCGAUGCCCUCUCCUCAGGGCCAAGACUCCAGCAUGUUGUACAACAUCCCGGACAUCAACGACGUAUCUCCCUCGGGAGGUUUUGUCGCCGAAUUGAUGAGGCCAGAGCUGGAUCCUGCAUAUCUUCAGCCCACGAGCCUCCACGGAAAAUUUGUGGUGAAGACCACCAUGGACAUGGCCGAUUACAGCCAAGGGCUUAGUAAGGGAGGCUCAAUGUCGGACUCUUCUUCCUUCCUCCUUGCAUGUCCUAUAAAGCAGGAGCAUGAGAGUCCUAGCCCUUGCACCAUCACCCGACCGAUGGAUCUCCAACUGGGGGUGAACUCGCGGCCAGGAGUCGGCCAGAGACCGCUGCUGGAGCCUCACGGUUUCAACACGGCGCGAGGGGCCAUGGGGCCCAGUCGCUCUUCCACUUCCUCUCUGUCUCCAGAUGAGCAUCCUCAAGCUCAGGUUCUGGGGCCCCCUCCGAUCUCCCUGGCCCCGGGAUAUCACCCCUCGCCGGGUUAUUCUGGCUUUCCGCAGCCUCCCGCCCAGUCAAUGCAGUACCAAGAGCUGAUUUCUCCAGCCGAGUGUUUGCCUGAAGAGUCCAAGCCCAAGCGGGGUCGGCGCUCCUGGCCGAGGAAGCGAAUAGCGACGCACAUGUGCGACUACGCAGGCUGUGGCAAAACGUACACCAAGAGCUCCCAUCUCAAAGCCCACCACAGGACUCACACAGGAGAAAAGCCUUAUCACUGUGACUGGGAGGGAUGUGGCUGGAAAUUUGCCCGUUCGGACGAGCUCACGAGGCAUUAUAGGAAGCACACGGGCCAUCGGCCGUUUCAGUGCCAGAAAUGCGACAGAGCCUUUUCCCGGUCCGAUCACCUCGCGCUGCACAUGAAACGGCAUCUAUAACCGAGAUUGGAAGACCCCCCAAAAAAGUGAAGAUACUUGUGGACUAGCAAACCACGUGUUGCCUUUAAACAAGAGUCAACGAAACUAGAGCUCCAUGACAAGCUGUGUUCUCCACAGCAUCAGGGUUGGGACCUUUUUUGUGUUUGUUUUGUUUAUUUUUUACGGUGGCCGAGAGAGCUCAACGCACUGCAAAUGAAAAAACUCCUGCAAAUUAAGAAAACAUCUUCAUCAGUUUGACAACACAGGCGCUGCAAAUGCUCACAACUCAAAUAAAUAAAGAAAUGCGCUGCAAAUAUAAAUAUUAGUGCUGCCAAACGAUUAAUUGCAAGUAAUGUAAACGCGUGUUUACAUAAUAUAUGAGUGUGUACUGUGUAUAUUUAUUAUGUAUAUAUAAAUACAAAUGCAUGUAUAUAUUUAAGAUGUUAUGUUUAUAUAUUAAAUAUAUUUAUAUUAAUGCUGUCAAACGAUUAAUUGUGAUUAAUCCCAUCCAAAAUAAAUUUUUUGUUUACAUAAUAAAUGUGUGUAUACUGUGUAUAUUUAUUGUGUAUAUAUAUAUAUAAAUACACGCAUUCAGUAUAUAUUUUGAAAAUAUUUCUAUGUAUAUAUUUAUAUUCAUAUCAAAAUAUUUUAAAUGUAUAGACAUACCAUAUUUUUCUUAAAUAUAUACAUGCGUGUGUGUGUAUUUAUAUAUAUAUAUACAUAAUAAAUAUACACAGUACACACACAUAUAUUUGGAAACAAAGAAUUUUUAUUUUGGAUGCGAUUAAUCACGAUUAAUCGGUUGACAGCACUAAAUAUAAUAUAUAUGUAUAUACAUGUAAAUAUUUUCAAAAUAUAGUCUGUAUGUGUGUAUUUAUAUAUACAUAAUAAAUAAACACAGCACACACACAUAUAUUAUGUAAACAAAAACUUUUAUUUUGGACGCGAUUAAUCGUUUGACAGCACUAAUAAAUAUAUAACAGUUAAUUUUAAUUUUGUUGAGGUAUAACCAAAUACGUUUCUGUAUUUGGUUGGGUUUUGAGUUUUUGCAGCGUGUUUUGUAUUUGUUUGUGUUGCCAGUAUUUGCAGCGUGUUGUCAUUUUUUUUCUGAAGUAGUUUUUUCUGCGCUGGUUUCUGCGCGUUGAGCUCUCUCGGCCGCCGUCAUUUUUCCCUUUUUGUCGUUGUCUUCCAACAUGCUGGCGAUUCCCCGUCCGUUUCAUGCACACUGGGACAAUACUGGAACGUGCGUCUACUUACCGACAAAACUUGGAGAUGCCAAGUGCCAAACACAAGACUGGAAAUAUAAGAAUAUCAGGGAUAAUCAAUGGAAACAAUAGAAUAUAUGUAUUAAAGAGGCCUUUAAUCGACCUACAUUCCAUCACGCGAUCCUCAAAACACUGAUCCGUCUUAUGGAUUGUUUUUUUAUUGCUCUCUCUAAAGCCAUUAAUUUCAGGUACAGAAUAAUUUAUAAGUGUGUUACAAGAUGGUGCUGAGUAUAGCCAGGUGUAUUCAGUAAGGUACCAAAGAUAAAAGUGGAUUUUAAUUGAAGUCUGUGAGACUCGGGGGCGAACGCAUGACCUCUCCUUGGUGAUGGCAAUCUAAACUGCACUGUGGUUGCAAGGUGCAAUAAUUUUGAUAUGUAAGACGCUCAUAUUUUUGUAUAAGACACAAAAAAAUAACUCUGAACAAAGUUUUUUGUUUAUAGUCAGAUUCGUGUAAUAUAAUCUUAAGUUUUGUACAUUUGUAAAUACUUUUUCAUUAAGGUUUUUGUAUUUUAUGUAUGAAUGCAAUCCAGUAAUAAAAAUAAAAAAUAAAAUGUAUGUGAAUUGA